GUUGGACUCAGACGUGGGGCAUGUCUUAAAGUCGGCCGUCGGGUGGAAUUACCCCUCCCCAGCGCGGCAUGACUUGAUCAUACAGGAAGGAAAAAGGGCGUUUGCGGCAGUUAACGCAGCCGAAAGCAACAACCUCAGUAUUUAUUGAGCAAAUCGGCGAAGUUUGUGGCUGCUGCAAGGGAACAGGGAUCUGUCAUCUGUUAUGGAACAGCAUCCAGAGCACUUACUUGGAACAAGAAUUGAUGACGUGUCACUGAUUGAAGGGAUAAGCAAUCAGGUUCUUCUGACUGUAGUAAUCACCAUUAUAAUGUUAGGUGGUUUGGUAACAUUCCUCUAUAGAACUGAGCAUCAAAACAUCCACCCUGAGAACCAGGAGCGUGUGAGGGAGCUCCGACAACAUCUCCAAGCUGAGGCUUUAAAUUCCCAGGAUGCAUCUGAAAGCGAUCGCCAUCAAUUCUACACUGACAUGUCCUGUCCAGUCUGCUUACAGCUGGCUGCAUUCCCUGUUGAAACCAACUGUGGCCAUCUUUUUUGUGGUUCCUGCAUUGUUGCAUAUUGGACAUAUGGAACUUGGUUGGGAGCAGUAAGUUGCCCCAUUUGUAGGCAAAUGAUUACCUUGUUGUUUCCAUUGUUCACACUGAAUGAGCAACACCCAGAGUCUAUACAAGUUAUUCAAGAUGUAAAUGAUUAUAACAGAAGAUUUUCUGGCCAGCCCAGAUCUCUUAUGGAUCGAAUAAUGGAUUUGCCCACACUACUUCGUCAUGCCUUCACAGAAUUGUUUUCCAUCAGCGGGCUUUUCUGGAUGUUUCGAAUACGAAUUUUCCUCUGCCUGGCUGGUGCCUUGUUCUAUUUAGUAUCUCCACUGGACUUUAUUCCCGAGGCUUUCUUUGGAAUUCUAGGAUUUCUGGAUGACCUUUUUGUUAUUUUUCUACUUCUCAUCUAUAUUUCUAUAAUGUAUCGAGAGGCAGUUACUCAAAGAUUAAAUAGGUGAAUCAAUGUUUCAAUAACAAAAAAACCCAAUUGCAACUAAGUUUAAAUGCAUGUUUUCCUCUAAAGGACUGUUGUUACCUCUGAGCAGAUUACUGCUGAUGAGCAGAAUCGGUCUGUUGCAAACCAAGAGCUCCAUUAACAUUUGAUGACUAACAAUAAAGUGCGUAAGGUAGCAAUUACAACAUUUAGCUUGCAAACGAAUGCAAGUCAAAUUUACGGAAAUACUGAGCUGCUUUGUUCCACAAAACUGGUUUUCAUUCAUUUAGAGAACAUUUGAAUUAUUGAGAACUGGAGAACAUUUGGGGUGUAAUUGAGGUCAUCAACUUGGGGAUUUUUUUUGUCAACAUGAGAUUUAUAUGAAUAAUAACUGAAUUGGUCAUAAAUCAUGUAGCUAGAUUUCUCCAGAUUCCUGCUCUGUACGUUUAAAAAAGGCAAAUUGAAGAUAUAUAUUGUAUGUGUAGUUAGAUUUAAAUAUUAAAGCAAUAGCCUUUAUUGUAAAUAGUACAGUGGUUUUUGUACCUAUAUUUUCUACAAAGUUCUAUUUUUAUUUGAUACUAUUGGAAUCAUUUUGGAUUCCAGGCAUGUAACAGACUGUGAACAAAUUGAUCUUUAUUAAAAAUUUGAUUGAUUUGUUUGUAAUUAAA